AUGCAGUACGGAUUCGAUCUCGCAGCCGUGGGCUCGUUGCAGGCCAUGCCCGGCUUUCUCAAAGUAUUCGGGUACCCAACACCGCAGAGUGAAACCGGAUAUGCCAUUGACAGUACGGUGCAACAACUCAUCACCUCCCUCUUAACGCUGGGCUCAUUCGUCUCGUCUCUCGUGGCGGGGGCAUUUUCGACUUAUCUUGGUCGCCGGCCGGCCUUGUGGCUUGCCUGCGUGGUGAACGCAGUAGCAUGCGGCAUUCAAAUUGGGACGUCGACCCCAGGAGUGCUGUACCUGGGCCGACUGCUGCUCGGCUUUGCGAACGGGUUCCUGGUGACAUUCUCGAAUAUCUACACGGCGGAAGUGGCUCCGGCACAUAUGCGCGGAGUGAUGGUCGCUCUGUUCGCAUAUUGGGUGAAUAUCGGGAGUAUUAUGGGCGCGGUGGUGGAUAACAAGACGAAGGAACGCCUGGAUGCAUUGUCGUAUCGCAUCCCGCUGGCCUGUCUGUAUAUCGUGCCGACGCUGCUCUUCCUCGCCUUGUUUUUUGUGCCCGAGAGUCCGCGGUGGCUGCUGCACCGAGGGAAAGAGCAGGCUGCGCGGAAGGCACUUGAACAACUCCGCGGCGCGAGCUAUGCGACGAUCAUCGCGCCGUCCAGCGGUAGUGACAGCGGAGAAGGAGAAGAGAAUGGCUGUGUGGACGGCAUGAGUGUCAGGCCGACGUUACUGGAGAUCGAAUGGGCAGAAAUGAUCAAGGGAGUGGAAGAAGAAAGGCGCGAACAGGGCAACGUCGCUGCGCUGGACAUGUUCCGAGGCAGGUCUUCCGAAAGCACCGACCUCCGCCGCACCAUACUAUGCUACUGCAUGAUAGGCUGCCAAACCGCCUCAGGCGUCUGGUUCCUCAUCGGCUACCAGACCUACUUCUUCACCGUAAGCGGCAUCACGAAAGCCUUCGAGUUCUCCAUCAUGAACACCUGCUUCGGCUUCCUCGGCGUCAACGUCGGCAUGUACGCCAUCCGCGAGCUCCUCGGCCGCCGCGCCAUUCUCAUGCUUGGCGCAGUAGCCUGCGGCCUAUGCCAGAUGGCCAGCGCCAUCGCGGCGACCGUGAGUCCCAAUACGCUGCCGACGGGCCAGACACUCGUUGCAUUCACGGCGCUGUUCAUGUUCUUUUAUAACGGCUGCGUGGGCGCGGCGAGUUAUCCCGUUGCGACAGAGCUGGUGAGCUCGAGGCUGCGUGCUUGGACGGUGGGAACAGCGACCUCGUUGGGGUAUCUGCUGGCGUGGCUGGUGAACUUCUGUACGCCAUAUUUCAUCAAUCCCGAGCAUUUGAACUGGGGCGCGAGGUAUGGGUAUAUCUGGGCGGCGUCGAAUCUGGCCUGCGUCGUUUUCUUCUACUUCUUCAUGCCCGAAAUGAAGGGCCGAUCGCUGGAAGAACUGGACGAGAUCUUCGUUGCUCGAGUGCCGGCUCGCAAGUUCGACUCGUACCAGACUGUGAUUCGGGCGGCAGCGACAAUCGCUGCUGUUAAUGCCAAAGGCGAGAGCCAGCAUACGGGGAAAGUCUAG